ACACCAGGGGAAUCACACAGCUAAGAAAAUUCACUGCUGUUCAGUGUGCGGACAAGACUGCAAAAAGUUAUCAAAACUGCUAAUACAUAUGAGAAUACACACAGGAGAAAAGCCAUACCCUUGCUCUGUGUGUGGAAAGCAGUUCCGUGUAAAAAGACAUCUCCAAGACCACCAGACAGUGCACACUGGAGAGAAACCUUACGUCUGCUCCAAAUGUGACAAGAGGUUUGGUUUCGCCUCAGCCUUGAAAAGGCACCAGUGGUUACACAUAGAAGAGAAACCUUACUCCUGCUCUGUGUGUGGGAAGGGUUUUAGCUUACAAUCACGCAUGAAGGAACACUUCCUGAUGCACUCAGGAGAAAAACCCCACUCCUGCUCUGUCUGUGGAAAGAGUUUCAGCCGUCCAGAUCAGUUAAAGGACCACUCUCUGCAACAUGCAGGGAAACCCCACCACUGUUCUGUGUGUGAGCUAAGCUUUGCCUUGUCUAAACAACUCCUGAAGCAUGAGAAGACUCACACAGGAAAGAGACCUUAUAGUUGCUCUGUGUGUGGGAAGAGUUUCAGCGAGAAGGCGUAUCUUGAAGACCACCGGUCAGUGCACACUGGGGAGAAACGACAUCCUUGCCCUGAUUGUGACAAGAAGUUUGGAUGUGCUUCAUCCCUGCGUAAACACGGACUGUUGCACAUAGAAGGGAAAUCCCACUCCUGCUCUGUGUGUGGGAAGAGUUUUUCUGAAGCACGUUACUUGAAGGAGCAUUUCCGGACACACACUGGAGAGAAACCUUUCUCCUGCUCUGUCUGCGAAAAGAGUUUUGCAAGAUCAGCAAGCCUUAAAGUCCACCACAGAUAUCAUACAGGAGAGAAACCUUACAGCUGUGCUAAAUGCGGCCAGAGCUUCAUUAGUUCUCAAAAACUUCAGAGACAUCAGAAAACUCAUGCUGGUUUACCACCUGUUGAGUUUCAAAACCCUGUUCCAAUUGAAGGAGAGAGGGAGGGAGAAGAAGAGGAAGUUGGUGGUCUGAUUAAUUCAGAUGGAGAAGCGGUUGGUUGGGAUCUUCAUCGUCUCGACGGGAUUUCGGAGGGGAGAGCCUCUACAUCAGGAGAACCUAAAGAAACCUAGGGGAAUCUCAAAGCUCAGAGAUACAGUUGCUCUGUGUGUGGGAAAGACUGGCAACGGUUAUUUGAUCUGAAAAGACACAUGACAACGCACACAGGAGAGAAACCGCACAGCUGUUCUGUCUGUGGGAAGGGUUUGACAAGAUCAUCAGACCUUAACAUAUACAGUAGAGAGAACUUACAGCCUUGUCGAAUGUGGCCAGAGAUUUACCACUUCUCAGAGUCUUGGGAGACACAAGAAGAGACGCCACAUCUCACUUCCUGAGGACCAGGCUGGCGGGGUCAAGACUGAAGACUCCAAUAGUAUCAUAGAUGAAGAGGAGGAGGCAUCCUCUUAUGUCAACGGUAGCACGGUGGAAGGGGGGAAACAAGAACUAACCCUAAACAUCUUGAAGUAAAAUAUAUACAGUGCCUUCGGAAAGGAUUCAGACCCCUUGACUUU